AUGGCCACUGUCAAUGGCGAUUUAACCCAACAAUCACCUAAAAGAACUCAGGAAAAACAACUAGUAAUCACUCUAGAUAGAAAUUCACUCAAACGGCCUGAACUCCCUCAAGAACUCAUCCUUGACAUUCUAUUGCGAUUACCUGUCAAGUCUUUGUUUUGGUUCAAAAGUGCAUGCAAGUCUUGGUGCACAAUGAUAUCUAGGCUACAAUUUGUGAAAAAGCACCUCAGGCCAUAUGGCUAUGCAGUGAAUCUCAAUUACCUAUUAACGACUCUGUGCCUAGAUGCUAGGAUUGGGGGCUCAUGUGAUGCGUUGGUAUAUGUUUACUUUGUCAAAAAUUAUGAUGACAUCAUUUAUAGAUGGAAUCAAACAACUGGAAAACGUAAAAUUUUUCCAUCUUUUGGCAAAGGAUUUAUUCUUUCCAUUUCUUAUGGGUUUGGAUAUGACUCCUCCAAUGAUGAUUACAAGGUGGUUAGGAUCAGUAAUUUUAAUGAUUCAUUUGAAGUUAAGAUUUACUCCUUAAGGACUGAUUCAUGGAGGAAGAUUCAGGAUUUCCCUAGCAAUAUAAUUGGUUUUCAUUCUAUGGAUUCAGGUAAGCUUGCGAAUGGAUCACUCAAUUGGGUUGGAAUCAACCCUAGUGAUCACUCUUGGGUUAUCACAGCCCUUGAUUUAGCAGAGGAGACAUACAGAGAUAUUCCACAACCUAAUUACGGGAAGAGUUUUCUUGUCAAGUAUCGUUCCAUUUAUGGCGUUCCUGAUUUUCAUGAAGUGGAGAUCUAUCAAGAGAGCUUAGUAUCACCUGAUGAUUUUAUGAAGAUGCCAAUUGACCUUAAUAAUUAA